AUGGAGGAUUUCGACGAUGAUUUCGGGGAGCUAUAUGCUGGUGUUGAACCGCAGGCCAACUCAGCCAUCAAUGGUGUUCCGAACUUUGCUCACCUUUAUACGGAGCCAGAAGAAGAUAUAAAUGAUGAUGAUGAUGAUCACAAGCCGAAGAACGCUAGGCCUGCUUCUGAGGAGCAAUUUGUCUCUGAUUCUAAGAAACCCGAUUCUGUCUGCCAGGAGUUGAGUGAGAAAGUUUCGGGUUUGGAGGCGAAUGAAGACUACAGUGGAAGUGACAGUGAGGAUGACUUGAAAAUAGUUUUGAAUGAUGAGGACUGUGAUGGUCAAAUGUUUCCAGUUGCAGGCCGAGGGAGCAUGAAGAAUGAUGAGGAUGAGGAUGAUGAUGGUUUUGUGGCUACAAAAGAGUACAAGUAUGUAAGGACUCAAGGAUAUACUUGUCCAAGCAAUGGAAAAGCCAAUGAGGCUGUGGGCUUGGUGUCUUCCAUGUUGGUUAGAGGAGACCAUGAUAAUAAUAAUAUGCGCAAUCAACGUAAGGGGUCAAGCUCUCACAUUGCUUGUGUUCGUGAUACACCCCAUCCAGUGCUGACUCAAAAUAGAUAUGGUUUCAGGCUUCCUUGGUAUAGGACCAUACUUGAUGUAAAUGUUGAAUCAUUUGAGGAGAAGCCAUGGAGGUAUCCUGGAGUUGAUUUAAAAGAUUACUUCAACUUUGGUUUGAAUGAGGACAGUUGGAAACAGUACUGCAACUCCCUGGAACAACUUCGGCUGGCAUCCAUGCAGUUUGGGAUCCCUGUCCCAGACUCCUCAAAACUCUAUCAGGCUAAAGAAGCUGGAUCUGAGUAUGAUAAAUUUGCUCAGGAAACUAUUUCUAAAGAUAUGAAUCAUGCUGACCCAAGGAAACAUGGUCCUCCAUCAAGAUUUUUUGAUUCCAGAGUGAGACAGUUGGAACUACCGAAAGGCAGAGCAAUUCAGAUUGAAGAUAGUAUUAUUGAACGACAACCAUCUUUUGAUAGUAGGCAUCCACUUAGUUUAGAUUCUGAUGUUGUGAUACAGAUUACUGUGCAGGGCCCCACUGAGGAAACCUCUGAUUCUGGUGAGGGACAGGGCUGUACAAAUGGCACUGUACAUGAGGCAUCUGCAAAUGGGGAAUUUGUUAUUCCCUCUUCUAAUAUUGCCAAAGAAGACGAUUUAUCUGUAGGAAGUCUCAAAGGAAACUCGAGAAGAUUAGACAGGUGUUCCCAGCAGAUCAGUCCCAUGGUAAUAGAUUCUGAUAAUCACAGAAAUAACCAGGCCUUUGAUCAGGACGGAUAUGACCAUGAGCAAGGGAAUGCUAUCUCAUUGGAAACCAUUGAAAUUGCAAAUCAAACAACAGAAAGUAUUGGCAGGAAUGCUGUCUGUGCUGAUCAAAGCAUGAUGGAAGCACAAUUAUCACUUGGUGAUGAUGAUCAACUUAGCCCCACUUCAUCCUGUUUUGUAAGUGAUUCUGAAGCAUCCAAUAAUAGUGAUAAUUUUGAUCCAGAAGAUAUCCGUACUCCUGUAAAGUCAACAGUGAAUCCACACAUUGAACUAUGCAAGUCUGUCAGAUCAUCUUGUAAGAACUCAAAAGACAUAGUCAUCAAGAGAAAAGUAGCUGAUGUCAAAGAUUAUCCUGCACGUGGAAGUCCUGCUCCAAAGAAGCGCAAGCAUCAGGAUAGGAGGCUUGACAGUGUUGUUGAACCAAAUGUUCACAGAAAAGAUGAACAUGAUGCAUCCCCCACCUCGGAAACAGAUGACCUGUAUGACAGGGAUCACUAUGUGAAUUCUCGCAGACAGAAAAAAAGGCUGCAAGAUUUCAGCUGUAGUCACAGAGAAGAUAUUUCAGAUUAUGAAGAAUCAAGCCAUUAUGGUAUUAGAUAUACUGAUAACCAUGUUCAGACAGCUAAUACAAAUUAUUGGAAUAGAAAAGGUAGACAGAAGUUCCAAGACACGCUAGAUCCAUAUGUCAGAAAAACCUGGAAUGAAAGGGAGUAUUCUUGUGAAGAGCGGGAUGCAGAUUGGCAUCAUUUUGGAAGAACACAAUUCACUAAGGAGAGGAUUCCUCUCACCAACAGGGAUUCCAGGGGGUUGCAUUCUAGUUAUUGCUCCCACACUGCUGAAGAAAGGGAUGCUCCAUGUAGAAGGAAUAGCAGCAAACUGCAGUUUAAGAAAAUACCAAACCCUAGUGGUGGUUUUAAUUAUAAAUGUGAAGAUGACUUUGUGGGAGAAAAAUUUGGGAGAUGCAUCUCAUUCACUGAUCAAAAAAGGAAAUUUCCCCAGGUUAGGAGAGAAUUAAAAAACUCUAGGGGAAGGGGUGGACAUGUUGACAGUCCCGUUUUGUAUUGGGAUGAUUCAUGCUCUGGGAAAACUAAAGAUCAAUAUUGCAGACACAGAGAAAAUCGAUAUUUGUCCCAUCAGUCUUACACAGCUGAUGAACAAAGGUGGAAUGACUCCCUAUCACCAAGAAAUGAUGUUUCUUACUCAAGAGCAACUGAUGAAAGAUAUUGGAGGCAUGCGAGCAAAAUAUACUCUGCUGAAGCCAAAGAGAGUAACUGGUUUGAUAGUCAUAAUACUGAUGAAAUUGAUGAUAUCAUUUAUCCUAAUGAUCAUUUAAGGUGGAGAAGAUCUAACUGGCGAUCUGAAGUGCUGCACUGGACAGAGGAUCAGUUAACUGUCAGGGAUCAUGGUGACAAAUUGUAUUCUAAGAAGGGAUCUGUUUCUUAUCAGAAAUAUGUAAGGAAUGAAACCUUUCAUGUUAAAUAUGGUUCUUCUCAUGAUGCCAUGCAUAUUGAUGAUAUGCUACCAGAGCAACAUAGAUUGAAAAUGAUGAGAAAAAGAAGUAGUGCUAAGUGUAUGAAUAGAAGUUCUAUGAUGGGUAAGCAUGAGCAGACGAUCCCGAGGUGCAGAGAUUCGACUGACUUGUUUGUUGGGGAAGGCAAGUCCUCUGGAAGAUGCUCCAAAGGCAGAACUUUGAUGUGCAAUGAUAGGCGUGAAAAUAUGGACCCAGAGAUUGGUGGGGCACGGACAACUUUAGUGGGUUCUAGUGAAUCUGAGAAAUGGGCAGUCCAAUUUAGCAUCCCAAAAGUUCGACGCAACCAAAACAAUGAGAACAGGCUUGAAGCGUUUCCAGUUACAGGUCAAAAUGAUGAUUUGGAUAUGGAGGAUGGCCAGAUUGUAACAGAAGAACUGACCACAGCACAUCCCUUACAGAGAAAACAUGCUUCUGAAUAUGCUGUACCAGCUCACAAUGUAAAAAGGAGACCGUUUAAUAAUGGGAGUGCUUCCCAUGGGAAUAAGGUUGUAGAAGGAUAUGACAACCAAAGGAUUCUUGAGACAAUGGCAAAAAUGGAGAAACGUGGGGAGCGCUUUAAGGAGUCAAUCACCUUGAAAAAAGAGCCAGACAAAUUGUCCAAGCCUGAGGUUGAUCUUCUAGCUGAAACAGCUGAAACAAAGCAACAUAGGCCAGCCCGAAAGAGGCAGUGGGGCGGUGUAUAG